AUGUGUGACGCAUGUCCGGGAUUGAACGCCCCCGAUGGCACCAUUGUUAUGUCCAUGGAUGUAGCCGGGUUAUAUCCGAGCAUACCUAUUCGGGAGGGCGUUCAGGCAGUGGUGGAUAUGCUGCAGCGGUAUUCCCAGCGGAUUGACAUGUUUGGGCUGAGUGUGAGCGGAGUACGGAAUCUGCUGCUGUUUGUUCUCAGCCACAACUAUUUCAGAUUCGGCCAUCAGAUCUAUCACCAAGUGGACAGGGUUGCAAAGGGUAACAAUCUUGCACCCCCAUUUGCGAUUCUAUUCAUGCAUACGGUUGAGGCCAGGCUUCUGCAGGAUUCUCCGUUACUACCGCUCCUCUACAAACGCUACAUCGACGAUAUCCUGCUGCUAUGGACCCACGACAGAGAGAGCUUGAUGCGGUUUGUGCAGCACUUCAACUCUGCACACCCAAGUAUCAACUUCACAUAUGAGCUCAGCGAGGUGAGUGGCUCCAUAAAUUAUAUGGAUAUCACAAUUAUGAUCCAGGAAGACAAGCUGGCAUACAAGCUGUACCAGAAGGCAUGUGCUAGUGGUCUACUCGUUGAUUAUACUUCGGCAGUUCCCCACCAUAUCAAAUUGGCAGUUGCUUCGUCACAAUUCCUAAGAGCUCAGAGGCUCUCAUCGAAUACCAGAAUGCGUGCAGAAAGUGAAGCGAGGGUUCAUGAACAAUUAAGAUUGAACAAUUACCCAGAGAGAAUCAUUGAAGAGGCACGCACUGCCUCCAUAAGGCCAAAGCGUCGUCGCCAUGCCAACCCAUGCUGA